UUUAAAUGUGUACAUUUUUAUUUGCAAAACUAGGGAUAUAUUGUGCAGUGCAUUACACAUUGAGUAGGGCAAUAUAAAAAUACUGAAGAUAUUACCUGUUGUUGUGGACUAUUCCGCCUAGUAACAUCUAUUAUGAAAAAGAAGAACAAAUAAAUACAUAAUCUUUACUCUUUACAAACAGUGAAAAAAAUACUAUCGUUCUAUGCGUGAAAUAUAAAAUUAAAAACUCUUUAAAAACAGUGAAAAAAUACCACCGUUCUAUACGUAAAAUAAAAGACUUUCGAACAGUGGGAAAAAUACGUGAAAUACGAAAUGGCGAACCUGACGUUAACGUUCGUUCUCUGGCUGUUCGGCGGCAUAUUUGGGCUGCACCAUCUGUACCUUAAUCGGCCACGGCACUGCUUCAUCUGGUGCGUCACGUGGGGUGGGAUGUUCAUUGGAUGGCUCGCGGAAGUGACGCAACUGAGGCACUACGUAGACGAGGCCAAUCAGAGCCGGAAGUACCGCGAGCACAUGAAGGUUAUGCGCACGCAUAAGCCACGCCCCAGCUGGAGUGUGAUUGUCCUCGGAAGCCAGCUUAUGAUUGGGCACCAGCUUGGUAAACUGUUGAUCUGCGCGAUCCCUGAAUACUACACGGUAGAGACCUGGUAUGCCGCCUACCUGUCGCACCUGCUAGCGGCCCUGGGAGCGGCGUUAGGUGUGCACACGGCGGCCAACAUCGGACCGCAGAAGGCGCCAUUUCUUCCCACCUUCCUCGCUGCUGCCGCAACUGUUCCAACCUCGUACUUCCUGUACCAUCAACGCAACAUUUUCACGCUUCUAUGCGUCGUGGUCGCCUCCCUGGCGAGUUCGUAUUUCUCCGUAUGGGCUCCGGAAAAGCCGCCGAGCAAUUUAAUUGGUCGCUUGAAGACAGGCGCGUGCGUGGGCCUCGCUUUGACGGCCUAUAGCGGAUUGCACGGCUCGAGCAUGUAUUUCAACACUCGUAUACAAACGCUCAAUGGAACGACUAUCCCGUUGCCCGAGAUGGUGGCAAACUUCCUACGGUUACAACCCUAUGAUGAGGCCCGCGAACUCAUGCCAGGCAUAAUACAGUGCGUGCGCAUGUACGGUAGUCUGGACGUUUGCCAACAUCAGUUCCUGUCCCAGCUCGCCGAGAUCUCCGACCCGAACCGCGACUCAUGGGCGUUCACUGUCCUCGGUUUCGACAGAUACCCCACCCAGAAGCAAAUCAACUCCCACUGUCGCAAACUAUCCAGCAAAUGGCAUCCCGACCGAUUUACCAAUAAAAACGUCACAGAACAAGUCGAGGCGGAACUGAAGUUUAUGGACAUCCAAAAGGCUUGUGGAAUGAUGAACAAGAUCAAAAAAGAGCGAGAACGCAAGAGCACGUGGUCAGAAUCCGCAGCGGAUCAGAGGGAAACGGUUUACACAGAUACUGAUGACGUAGAGGAAACGGUUAACACAAAUACUCAUGACGUAGGUACAUUUUCUGAAGACGAGCAUGACAAAGUGCAAAACGAAGAUGAGCAUUAUGAUAAUGACGACGAUGAUGAAAAUGGCGAAGAUUAUGAAGAAGAUGGUAAUGAAGCGGAUGAAUCUAAUAAAGAAGACACUUCCGACGGUGAAACUACUUCAGAACAUGAAAAUCAUUGUCAAAAGAAUGGAGAGGAUCCAUGCUAG